AUGUCGGCGGGCGUGUGCAUCCAGAGUCCGCCUUGCGCCAGUGGACGGACCCGACGGCUCACGAGGUUGGACAAGUGCCGUCUUCAGACGGGCCGAUGCAUUUUGAGUGAGGCGGCUGCAUGUCCACGCAGCUGCAUGCCCCGUGUCGCCGUCGGGAGCCGUGGGCCACGUUGCAGUUGGUUAGGUAGUCCGUUAGCUUUCCAGACCUGGGAGCUGCUUGUGUUUCGUUUGUAUUGCUGCCGUGGCUCCCGUACAGCAGCAUGGGGAGCAAUCAAUGGGAUGAUUCCCUCUCUCGCAUUGAUAUACCAGAGAUUGAAAAUUACACGAUGCACCGCGGUGUCGCUUUCAAUACAUAAUAUCCACCGCUCACUCGGCCAAAAUCACCUGCUUUUGAACGGCACCCAAGAUGAGCCAUGCAAGGCAUCGCAGGCCAAGGUGUUGCGGCCUUGGCGGUGCCACCAGAGCUCCCUCCCGUCCUUCUUGGACGCGCCGUACCUCAGCGGCCUGCCCCACUAA